ACUUGUCUUCUUGUCUAACGCAAACGAGAAACUCCUCUCCAACAGAGAAGGAUGGCCUACACCAAGCUCACCAUCAUGCUGUCCUCCCUCAUCAUCCUCCAGCUAGUGUCAAUCUCCUCGGCAUCGGCGACUAACAAGACCGUCCCCAAGGCCGUGGAGGUCGUCGUGGAGGGCAUGGUCUUCUGCCAGAGCUGCAAGUACUUCGGCACGUGGUCCCUGGACGAGGCGAAGCCCGUUGGCUCCGCCAAGGUCAGCGUCGUCUGCAAGAACUACAAGAACCGCGUCACCUACUACAAGACCUUCCAGACCGAGGCGAGCGGCUACUUCUACGCCGAGCUCAAGGGCUAUGAGAUGAGCAACCCCAUCCUGGACCACCCGCUCCACGCUUGCCACGUCAAGCUCGUCUCGUCGCCCCUCGAGGGAUGCAACCUUUUGUCCAACAUCAACUACGGGAUGUACGGGGGCCCGCUCCGCUAUGAGGACAAGACGCUGUACAGGAAGGAGUACGAGGUGGUCGUCUAUGCCGCGGGGCCAUUGGCUUUCCGCCCCUCGUAUUGCCCUCCGGAAGAGACGCACGCUUGAUCAAUUAACGAGUUGGUUCUUCUCAAGAGAAGAGUUUCUACGACUUCUCGUCAUCACUUUCUUUCAAUUUAGCCUUUGUACUUAUGGUGAAGAUGCGAGUGUGUUCUGACAUGCGUCCCAAGGCGAUUUGUUUUGUUCUGUUUUAGCUGCUGUAUUGCUGAACGAAUCAUGCACAUGUUUCUUUCUAGACAUACGGAAGAAAAAUUUAUCUUACAUA